UCAAGAUGGCUACUACAGAGUCCUCCUUGCGGUAGCUAACAACCAAUUUAAUGGAAGCACUCAAAACUGCGAUUUCCCACUGUUUAAGUCCCUCGUAGGUGACGGGGUCGGUGCCACGGAUACUACUAUAUGGAUUAAUACGGGCUGAGAAGAGAUAAAAGUCAUUGUGUUGCCUGCAGCACUCAUUCUGAGGAAGCUAGCUAGCAGAGCAACGAGCUAGCUGUACUUGUCGACCAUCUCCAGGUUUAGCUUUCCUGCCAGCGGCGGCUCAGAGGAGUGCGACGCUCCCCGGUUUUGCGUGCCCGGUCGUCGGACGGAGCGUCAAAUGGCAGAGCCGCGGAAAGUGCCGUUCGUUACCAUCUCGUCCUUCAACACCUCGCCGCCGACCCCGGAGUCCAGCAAGAAGCGCCGCCGCGAAGAUGAGGCCAUCGACAUCACUUUUGGGAAAGAUGGAGGUGGAAGUGCCGCGGCGGUCGGGUCAGGAGGUGGCGGAGGUCUGUUUGGUAACACGAAAGGAGGCGAUGCCGAGACCGAGGAGGUGAAGCCUACCGUCCGCCUCAACCUGCCGCUGACCGAGCCAAAUGAACGAGCGUCGGCGGAGUUCAACUACGGCGAGCUGGUCAACUCAACUCUUUCUCAGGUAAAGCUUGCAGGAUCAGCAGUCCCUAAAGGACUCACUCCUCCCCUGGACCCCAACGACCCCUUUGCCGAUGAUGACAGGGAGAGGCGGGAGGUAGAGGAGCUGGCCAGGAAAUUUGAGAACAAAUAUGGUGGCGGCCCAAAGAAGAAGAAAAAGGACAGGAUGCAGGAUCUCAUUGACAUUGGCUAUGGCUAUGAUGAGACUGACCCUUUCAUAGACAAUUCAGAGGCUUAUGACGAGCUGGUACCAGCCUCUCUCACCACAAAACAUGGAGGCUUCUACAUCAACACAGGCACUCUGCAGUUCAGAGCAGCGUCUGACUCUGAGGGAGAAAAUGCUGGCACGGAGGAUAAUCACUUCAAGAAGAUGAAAGAUGGUGAGGAGCGGGUGAUAAAGAAACGCAGGAAAAAGCAAGAAGGUGGAAUUCUGGAGGACAAGAAACCCAGAAAGAAUAAAGUACCGAAGACCGGAGUUUCAGCUCUGAAUGUUCAUCGGCCAGAAAAGAAAAAGAGGAAGAAGCUGAUGAAGGACUCUCUCCACCUGGCCAACAUGUUACGUCGCUUCACCAGGGAGAAGGAAGAGAUGCGCAAGAAGAACCUGGCUGCAGCCGGUCUGCCACGGCCCCACACCAAAGUGCCCAACGCCAACAGCGCGCUCCUCAACACCCACUCCAAGGCUGCUGGCGGCAACGACUGCAACAUGGCCGACCUGACCGCCGACCCGGCCGUGAUGUCGCUGCUGGGCUCAGCCAAUAACGACAUACUGCAGGACAUGAUGGGUGACCUGGACUUUGGGAUGCUGGACUCUCCUCAGCCCUCCAGUCCAGUGCAGGGAGAGAACGGCGCGUUUGGGAUGGCACAUAAAGCGGGUGGUAGCAGAGUGACGCAGGGUAGUGUGAUGACCCCUCCCCCUCUGCCCGGUGGACUCCCAGCCCCACUCACAAAGCGCAUUGAAGACCUGAGAGCGGCGUCCCGUCUGUUCGAUGAAGAGGGCAGGAAGAAAUUCUUCACUUUGGACAUGAACAACAUCCUGCUGGAUAUUGAGUUGCAGGUUCAGGAGCAGCCUGCAGAGGUGCGUUCAGCCGUCUACUCUCACCUGGAGGCCUUUGUGCCCUGCAAUAAAGAAGCUCUGCUCAAACGCCUUAAGAAGCUCAGCCUCAACAUUCAGGAUGACCGCCUUCGAACGCCCCUGCUGAAGCUGAAGCUGGCGGUGUGCAGCGUGAUGCCGGAGCAGAUCGCUCGAUACAACAUGGACUGCAUCGCUAAAGUGGCAAAGCAGCAGUCUGAGGAGGGAGAGAAGAACGGGUCAGAGGAUGAUGAUGAGGAGAAGCCAGGGAAGAGGGUGAUGGGCCCACGGAAAAAGUUUCUCUGGGACGACAAACUCAGGUCGUUGCUGUGUACUCUGGUGCGGGUGAAGCUGAGCUGCUAUGAGCUGGAGGGCAAGAACUCGCUGUCUCUAGAAGACUACCUCAAAGCCUUCAUGGAGACUGAAGUUAAACCUCUGUGGCCUAAGGGCUGGAUGCAGGCCAGGAUGCUGUUCAAAGAGAGCAUCAUGGCUCACGGUCACCUCACAGGCUACACAGCAAAGAAGAAGAUGGUCCCUACUCCCAAGGCCAAGCCAAAGGAGGCUGUGUGGGUGCAGAGGUCCGCCCCCUCAGUGGGUGCCACUCCCUCCCCUGCAGCCCAGGUUGCCAAGCGACCACCUCAGUCACCGUCUGAGCCCAUAUGUCUCGAUUCCCUCGACGAGGAUCUGACGGCUCCCUCCCUGGACUCCAUCUCCCAGGCCCUGGCCAUCCUCGGCAACGCAGCCAAGGGCCUGGCCCACGGGGACAGCCCCCCGUCCCCGGAUGGACCCAAGACCGCCACCAACCCCUCUACUCACCACGCCUCACCAAUCCUGCAGCAGCAGAAAAAGAACUCUGUCAGCACUCCCAGCUCCAAUGCACCUCACUACAUCUCUACCUCUUCGUCUUCCUCCACCUCUCUGUCUCGGCCUUCCUCCAUCGCGUCCUCCCCUCUGCCCUCGGUGAGGGUGGAUGGGAUGGGGGUGAUUAAGGGCACGGUGCAGGCGCACAGACACUCGGUGUUGAACACUCAGAGAACUUUGGGUGUGGGUGUGGCUAAAGCCAACUCGCCUGCCUCGGCAUCGCCACCUAAACCACGUCCGCCACCCACUGCGUCCCCGCUUGUGGCCCCAGGAUCGAAGAUGGGGGUCUCCACUCCCCCCUCUGGCCUCCUCAAAGGCAGCAAUAAUAAUAAAGCCAACAGUGGUGACACUCUCAUCAUCACAUCGCCUCAGUCUCGGCCACACGCCCUCCCAUCCCAAUCACACAUGACCCCCAAAACCUUCCAGUCGCCUCGCCUCCCCCAGACCCCGCAGAGUAAAUCGUCCCCCUCCCUCUCUCAGACGCUCCCCGGAGUUCAGUCCCAGCCCCGGCCUCAGUCCAACUUCAUCACCCCUAUGCACGCCACUCUCACCAAGUCCACCCACAGCAGCAUCCCGCCCAUCGUCAAACUCACUCCCCGCACCCCCAGCCCUGCUGUGACCACUACCACCUCAGUCUCCCCCUCCAUCUCUCAAAGCCCCAGGUCUCAGGCAACCCCCCCCAUACACCAGUACACUCCCAAAAGCGCAGCAGGGUUCCGCCCGCCGUUCUCAGGUGCCCAAGGAGGAGUAACCAAGCCGGGGCAAGGCAGCUACACUCCUCCAGGUGGCCAGAAGACCCCCAUCAACAACAGCACCACCAACACCAGCCUUAUUAACACCAUAUCCAUAAGCAAGCAUUCAGGAUCCAGUGCCUCCCCCACAACAGCCUCUGCCAACCCAGGCCAGCGUCAGAGGCCCGGGGGCGGGACAUCUCAGGGGGCCAAGCCGGUCGCGUCUGUCCCAUCGUCAUCUGUCUCUUCUCAGCUGCCACAGGUCUCCACGGCAGGUAGCGGCGGUCUGCUGGGCUCCGCCUCGUCUCUUCCUCUGGGGUUUGGGAUGCUGGGGGGCCUGGUGCCCGUGUCCCUGCCCUUCCAGUUCCCCCCGCUGCUAAACCUGCCUCAGCUGGGUGCAGCAGGCUCCGGCGCGGCAGCCAGUGGCUCUGCGGCCAGUAGCAAUGCACCGUUCUCCACCCUGACCCAGAAUCUGUAUAAGAGUCUCCAGUCAGGGUCUCAGGUUGCUCUGCCUCCUCACUUGCAGCUCGCUUUCUCAGAUGUGAGUCAAAGCCAGGGAGGAGACGCUAAAAGGAAGACUCUAUGAUGCAGCUGGAAUUCACCACCCAGCGGAUGCUGUCUAAUGAAGUGUUGGGACAAAUCAGGAUGGACCGUGACAGAUGGACUUGUAGUAGGGGUCUGAAAUGAGGACGUGGUUACACUUAAGAUCCUUGAUCUGAGAUCAGCUCAACUUUUCAUGAAUACCACAGUUAAAUAUAACUUUUUAAAACAAUUUGAUAACUUUUAAGUACUAUUCUUCAUAGAAUUGUUAAAUGACAAAUACAGUUUGUCAAUGUUUACAAGAUAGACCUUUAUCACUGUGGACAGGGAGAAGGAAUGAAUGGGAUUUUUAGGUGAGUGAGGGUGUGUGUGUGUGUGUGAUGGUUUGAAUGAGCGUGGUUGGUGGGAUUGAAAGGGUGCCUUUUGUAUGUCUCCCUCUCUGAUGCAUGGUCAGUGUGUCUAUUUGGUGCUGUUUUUAUCAUAAUGUAAUUAUCACUGAUACCUGUAAGAAAUGUAAACUGCAAAUUGAAUUUGAGCUUUUUUUCCCCCAAUGAGAGCUGUACACUUUUUCAUUGUACUUGAAUUCUUGAAUGAAUUCUUUUCUGUAUAGAACUCAAACCUACUUUUAAUUAAAAUCUUUCCCUUCAA